AUGACUGAUGUUUUGAGGAAUCUGGUGCGAAAGAUUUCCUUCAGUAACUCAGAUAAUCUUCAGUUAAAACAUAAGACUUCUAUACAGAGUAAUACCGCACUAGAAAAGAAGAAGAGAAAGCCUGAUACGGGUAAAAAGGUAAGCGAGGUUCAAGUGCACCAUAGUAUACCUAACUUCAAUAACAGCGCGGAGUACAUCAACGACAUAGAAAAUCUUAUAAUAUCUAAACUGGUAGACGGGUGUAAAGAAGGUAUCGCAGUUGAUCAUAUUGAGCACGUCGAUACCUCGGACAGCAAAACAGAUGAAAAAGUCGUCACUAAGCAAGAAAACAUCAGUAGCAAGCUUAGCAAAGAGAAAGUUGAGAAAAUGAUUAACUUCGAUUAUAGGUAUAUCAAAACGAGGCAAAGAACAAUCUCUUGCCAGUGGAGGAAUGUUUCCGUGGUCGCAACUAGAGUGAAAACGGAACCCCGUCAAUAUUCGCGACACAAAAAAAAAAUAGUGAAAAGAAAAAGAGAGCGUACAAUUACAGACAUUGUAUCCCUAAUCUUAACAACACGCUUACCAAAUAUUAGGAAAAUACAGGAACAUUCUUCCAUAUUUUACGGAACCACCAUUUUUAUGGGAAUCAGAUCAUAUACUAACAUAGGUUUAGUUCAUAAGAGGGUUUAUAAACAUGACCACAAAACUGACGCCGACAAAAAGAAUCGCGGAGAGACUAUCGAUAUCAGUUAUCCUACGACAGAAGUGGUUGGUCAUGGUUCAUUCGGUGUUGUAGUUACGACUGUAAUAAUUGAGACCAAUCAAAAGGUCGCCAUCAAAAAAGUAUUACAAGAUAGAAGAUAUAAAAAUAGAGAGCUGGAGACCAUGAAGAUGUUGUGCCAUCCAAAUACUGUAGGUCUGCAAUACUACUUUUACGAAAAGGAUGAAGAGGACGAAGUAUAUCUCAAUCUGGUUUUGGAUUACAUGCCCCAGUCAUUAUACCAGAGGCUCCGUCAUUUUGUUCACCUGAAAGUGGACAUGCCACGUCUUGAAAUUAAAUUCUACGCAUAUCAACUAUUCAAAGCUUUAAAUUAUUUGCAUAAUGUUCCUCGGAUUUGUCACAGAGAUAUAAAGCCACAAAAUUUACUGGUAGAUCCAACCACAUUUUCUUUCAAGAUUUGCGAUUUUGGCAGUGCGAAAUGUCUGAAACCAGACCAGCCCAAUGUUUCUUACAUCUGUUCAAGGUAUUAUAGGGCCCCUGAACUAAUGUUUGGUGCCACUAAUUACUCAAGCCAGGUCGACGUGUGGUCAAGCGCUUGUGUCAUAGCUGAAUUGCUUUUGGGCAAGCCCUUAUUCUCUGGUGAAAGCGGUAUAGAUCAGCUAGUAGAAAUUAUCAAGAUAAUGGGCAUACCCACAAAGGAUGAAAUUUCAGGAAUGAACCCGAAUUAUGAGGAUCACAUUUUCCCCAAUAUUAAGCCCAUUACUUUGACUAAAGUUUUCAAAGGCGAAAAUCCCGAUAUUCUUGACUUGUUAACAAAAACUCUGAGGUAUCACCCUUGCGAAAGAUUAGUACCUUUGCAAUGUCUAUUAUCAAGCUAUUUUGACGAAAUUAAACGUUGUGAUACUGAUGCUUACGUAAAAGCACAAAACCUGCGUAUGUUUGACUUCGAUGUGAAAACCGAGUUAGGUCAUGUGCCACUUGUGGAACUGCCUACCAUUGAAGAGCGGUUGAAACAUGCCGUUUCUGAACCUUCAUCGUCUUUAUGA